CACAGACACACACACAGUCGCAUCAUGGACGCUGGUCUGACCUGCAGGACCAGGACCAGGACCAGGAUUCUGACUCUGCUGUUCUUUGCUGUUGCAGGCCUCAGCUCUGGAGAUGACGGCUGGUCCAUAAACGUGCAGCCGGAGGUUCGAGCGAUGGACGGUUACCCAGUGGUGCUGCCCUGCACCUUCAGCCACCCGCAGCACUCCCAGCAUGCCUCGCUGCAGGUGCUGUGGCGUCUUGGUCACGGGCCGAGCGCCACCGUCCUGUUCCGAUGCACCUGCCGCGCAGGGGCCCCCACCUGCGAGCCGGGGCCCCAGCAGGACCAGCGCUACCGGCUGGAGGGAAACCCCCGAGAACACGACCUGUCGCUGCGCAUCAACAGCGCCACCCUGCAGGACAGCGGGCGCUACUUCUGCAGGGUGGAGGUCCAGGGACGAGAACACGUCAGCUUUGAGGACAAGAUGGGGACAAGACUCAGAGUGGAGGCGCCUCCAAAGAUCCUGGCUCUGUCAGUAGAGGGCAGCGUUGAGUCCGGGUACACGGCUCUGUGCAGGGUUCAGGGUUCACCACUGCCGGACGUCCAGUGGCUCGGCCCGGAUGACCUCCUGCAGGGGUCGCUGCUCGGCCCGCCGGUCCACCCGCUGGGUCAGGGCGCCGCCACUCACUACCACACCGUGAGUCAGCUGAGAGACGUGGAGGCGGGGCAACAGUACACCUGCAGCGCCUCCAACCCUCUGGGCAAAGAGCAGGCCACACUGUAUGUCCUGACCCCGCGACCCCCGCCAUCCGUGGGCGGGGCUUCACCCACUCUCCUUCUACUCCUGUCUGUGUCUGUGGGGGCAAAGGUCGUCCUGCUGGUGGGGAUGGGGGUGUGGCUUGUGCAGGGCAGAACUCUGCAGGGGGUCAGCUGCUGGAGGAAGUGACAUCACUGUCACUGUGUUCAAAUGUUGUUGGGGAUUUUUAAAAGUGUGGUUGUAUGAGCGACUGACACAUUUUCACUGUAAGGUGAGCGCCCCCUGCUGGCUGCCAGUGGAGACACAAGGAACACAGAUUUUGGCCACUUUACAAAAGACUCUCUCACACCAAACCGCAGAGAGAAAAUCAGUGAUUUUAGCUGCGGGGACACAGGAGCUGCUGGUCCUCUGCUGCCUCAUGUGGUCACUUUGUGUCACUGAGGUCAAUCUGAACAAAGGAUUUCAAACACUGAAGUGACAAAAUAAGACAUUAGAACUUAGUGAUGGAGGCAGCAGUGGAUCAACAACUCCUGUGUGUGUGUGUGUGUGUGAUGUUAAAAUCAUUGAUUUUCUCUCUGAGGUUUGGUGUGAGAGAGUGAGUGCUUUACAAACUUCAGUCUGUCUCACGGUGAGAUAAAGACGUGAUCAUGUGACGUAGAUAUCGUAGACUUAUACUGACGUAAAUUUGGUGAAUUUAGUGGCUAAAAUCACAGUGUCAGCCUCUGUGUUAGUGUGACUGUGUCAGUUCCUCAUAUAUCACAAAUCUAUCCCUCCAUGUUUAUUUAUAUUCUGUUUGAU